GCUUUGAAGUCUAUGAAAGCCCGUCAUCAUGUUUCCUCCAUACCACUUUCCAACUGGCUGAAUACAAUACAACUACUGUAGAUGGAAUUCUUCAACGACGUUGGAGGGGAUCUGCUGAAGCCCUCGUUAUUUGAACUUGUCGCACAAGAGCAGCUUAGAGAUCUCCUCCAACCCGCGUUGAAGUAUGUCUUGUCGGUUUUCGCUCAGAGAUACCCUCGUUACAUCCUGAGAUUAGUCAAUCGACAUGAGGAGUUCUAUGCCCUUCUCAUGUUCUUUGUAGAGAGACAUUACCUCCGUACACAUGGAGCGUCCUUCGCCGAGAAUUUCUAUGGAUUAAAACGAAGAAGAAAGCCGCUCUUUGAAACGGAGCGCGCGAAUGCUGCCGUUGGGGGAGUCCCUCCUGAAGAGAAGCUUCGUGAUCGAGAAAUCUGGCGUUCAUUGUUAUUCUUGAUAGGCCUCCCAUACCUUCGUGCUAAGGCCCAGGACUACUUUGAGGAACUAGGCGGCGGCCUUGACCCUGAAAUUGCUGAAGCCGACGAAUUGAGAAGGCAACGAAGUACACUAGGUGAUGAGACUCUCAGAGGAAAGUUCCGGAGGGCAUUCAAAAGACUCUAUCCAUGGCUGAACACCACUUUCGAAGUAUGGUUGCUUGCCUGCAACAUUGCUUACCUCUUCGAUAAGACACCUUAUUACCGUCCAUGGCUGUCUUGGAUAGGCGUCGACCUGCGUAGGUUGGGUAUCGAGGACUUGAGAGCGGCGGGACAGGUAUUGACACCGAAGCCGCGUAUAGAGAAAAGUCGCGGUAUUCUAGCGACCCUACGACACCUCUUGUUAUCAUCGCCACGACUUCUCUUGGACAGUCUCAAGGUGCUCCUACCCACCGCCAUCUUCUUCGUCAAAUUCCUGGAAUGGUGGUAUUCGCCUUCAUCGCCUGCUCGAGCGCUAUCCACAUCACCUCUGGGCCCAGCAAUCCCACCCCCUCGCCUGCUUCCACCACACCCUCAAGGAAUACGAAUACAGGAGUUAAAGUAUGGAGAGUGUGGAUUGUGCAACAACGCAAUUUCGAAUGCUACAGCGCUGCCGUCUGGAUACGUUUUCUGCUACCGAUGUGCACACGAGUAUGUGGAGAAGAACGGCAAGUGUCCUGUGACAUUCCUCCCUGCCAGGAUCUGGCAGCUUAGGAAAAUACUCGUGUGAUAGUCCCUGAUAGUCCUGGCCUGAAAUUGCUUGGAACUUUGGUUGGAACCCGGUCGGAAUGUCUCUACAGUACAAUUCAGCUGCUUCGGUGCCGAUGUUAUAGAUAUUACCCUCGAUCGACGACCGCUAGCUUAUUUGCCCGGCGCACAUGCGUACACUACGAUUAGCUACGCAAUUGUUUGGUAUGUAGCAUACGUAGUCUGUACGUAGUAUGUACUGUUUGUAAAACACAGGAAUAUUGCUUCAAAGCUGCUUCUGUGCUUAUUGACGGGC